AUGGCUUCGACGAUCUUCCCUUCUUCUGAAGACCUCGUUCACGAGAAACUAGUAAAGCGAAACCCUAAAUCCCUACAACGUUGGUGGAGUUACUUGAUCUCCAAGUCUCAUUCCCCUUUCAACGAACGUCUCGUGAUCUACGAAAGAGCCCUAAAAGCUCUUCCCGAUAGCUACAUGCUUUGGGAAUCAUACCUCGGUGAACAUCUCGACACCGUCAAAGACUUGGAAGUCACUCAUCCACAGUAUGACUUUCUCAACGAUGCUUUCGAAAGAUCUCUCGUGACAAUGCAUCACAUGCCAACCAUCUGGCUCAUGUAUCUCGAAACCCUAACCGCUCAGAAACUGAUCGCUAGGGCUCACGAAACUUUCGAUCGUGCUUUCUCCUCUCUCCACGUCACGCAACACGGUAGGAUCUGGGAAGCGUAUCUCGUAUUUGUGAGCCAUCAAGAAAGUGUUUCUUUAGAGACUAAGCUUAGUGUUUACCGAAGGUGUCUCGAGUAUGAUCCUGUUACUCACGUUGAGGAUUUUGUUGAGAUUCUUUUGAAGUAUUGUCGUUGGGAAGAGGCUGCAGAGACUCUUGCUAAUGUGUUGAGUGGACUCGAUGUGGAUGGUAUUAUCAGAGGGGGUAUUGGUAAGUUCAUUGAUGAGGUUGGAGUGUUCUGGACUUCUCUUGCUGAUUAUUACAUAAGAAAGAAUAUGGUUGAGAAGGCGAGAGAUGUGUACGAGGAAGGGAUGAUGAAAGUGGUGACAAUGAAAGAUUUCAAUGUUAUAUAUGAUGUUUCAAGAUUUGAUGUUGCUAAAAAGAUGGACUUAGAUGAGGAUGAUGAGGAGGAGGAUGCUAACGUUGUUGCAAACAGUGUUCUCUUGAGACAAAACCCACAUGACGUUGAACAAUGGCAUCAUAGAGUCAAGUUGUUUGAAGGAGACGUUGAGAAGCAGAUACUGAUUUACACUGAAGCUGUGAAGGCUGUGGAAACAAUGAAAGAAGUUGGGGAGUCUCCACACACGUUGUUUGUUGCUUUCGCUAAGCUCUAUGAAACAGAGAACGAUUUGGUCAACGCGAGAGCGGUUUUUGAGAAGGCAGUACAAGUAAACUACAAGGACGUGGAUCAUGUGGCUUGCGUGUGGUGUGAGUGGGCUGAGAUGGAGGUUAGGCACAAGAAUUUCAAAGGAGCUUUAGAGCUGAUGAGGCGUGCAACAUCUUCACCAUGGCCAGAAGCACCGUGGAUAGAACCAGAACAAGCCCACAUGGAGUUGUAUAAGUCCUUGAGGCUAUGGUCUCUCUACGUUACUCUGGAGGAAAGUGUAGGGACAUUGGAAUCAACGAGAGCUGCUUAUGAGAGGAUAAUGGAGUUGAGAAUAGCCACGCCAUUGAUUAUACUAAACUACGCUAAGCUUCUUGAGAAGAAUGACUACUUUGAAGAGGCGUUUAAAGUGUAUGAAAGAGGUGUGAACAUGUUUAAGUACCCUCAUGUGAAAGACAUAUGGGUAACGUAUCUGACAAGGUUUGUUGAGAGAUAUGGGAAGACAAAGGUGGAGAGGGCAAGAGAGUUGUUUGAUAAUGUCGUCUCGAUGGUAAACUCAUCUGAUGAAACUAAGAGAGCGAUGGAGAUUUACAAGGAAGCUAUGAGGAAAGUUGGGGAUGGGAAGAAGCUUGAGAUGUACGAGAUGUGCAUAGUUCGUGUAGCUGAGCUUUUUGGUGUUGAAGAAACAAGGGAGAUAUUUAAAGAAGCAGUGGAAUCAUCAUCAGGGGUUUUAGAUGAUGAUGUGAAGAUGAUGUGUGUCAUGUUUGCUGAGAUGGAGAGAAGCGUUGGAGAAAUAGAUCGAGCUCGUGAUAUCUAUAGGUAUGCGUCGCAGUUUGGAGACAAUCGAGUUGUGUGGGAGAAGUGGGAUGAAAUGGAAACUGAGCAUGGUAAUGAAGAUACGUAUAGAGACAUGCUUAGUGUUAAGCAAACUGUUUCUGGCAGCGGUUUGCGUCCGGUUAAGAACUCCCGGUCUGGGUCUCCUUUUGAAACUCUGUCCACCUCUCCGGUUAAGAAAAUGCGUACACUGUAA